UACCAAUAGAUUUGUCAAACUCUCGGUUCAUUUGUGGAGGUAGCGGGGGAGAGAGCUCACCGGCUUCUUUCGUGAGCUCUGCGGCGAAAUGGCCGAGGAUCGAAACGGAUCUGUUCGAGAAGAAGAACGAGUGAGAGCGGACGAGGAAGAGCGUGGAAAGGAGCUGACGAGAAGAGAGCGCCGUCAGAAGGCGAAGAGGAGGAGAGAGGGAAGUACCGGCGAUAGUUCCGGCGAUUCCGACAGUGAGAAAGCUCGAGGAAAGAAGAGGAAAAGCAAGGUGAGGAGGAGCAGAGGAUCUCGUAGGAAGGAUACAUACAGUGAAUCUGAGGAUGAAAGCUCCUAUUCCGAUACGUAUUCUGAAACAGACUCGGACUCGAAGGGGGAUUCUGAGUCCGAUGCAGGCUCGGAGUCCGGGAACGAGGAGUUGUUGAGGCGAAGGAAGCGGAAGGAGAGGAAAAGGAAGGAGAGGGAGCAAGAGAAGGAGAGGCGGAGGAGGAAGGAGAAGGAGAGGCGGAGGAGGAAGGAGAAGGAGAAAGAGGAGAGGAGGAAGAGGAAGGAGAGAAAGAAAGAAAAGAAGAAAAAAGAAAAGGAUAGGGGUACAAAAGGGGCCGUCACGAACUCAUGGGGGAAGUAUGGCGUCAUCAAAGAAACCGACAUGUGGAACAAACGACCGGAGUUUACAGCAUGGUUAGCUGAAGUUAAACAGGUUAAUUUGGAGACCUUGCCAAACUGGGAGGAGAAACAGAUGUAUAAACAAUUCAUGGAGGAUCAUAAUACAGCCACAUUUCCAUCGAAGAAGUACUAUAAUUUAGAUGCUUAUCAUCGGCAAAAAAUGGAUAAUGAGCAAAAGAAGAGCCUUAAGCAGGUCCUUGUAACAGAACGUACAAAUUUUAAUGAUGAAGAACAACGCCGACGAGAGUUAUUGGUGGAGCGCGAAAAGAUGAAGGAAGAAAAAGUGGAGGAACUGAAACGCUCCAUGCAGAGUGGAAUGGCACAAGCGAUGAAGGAGCAAGCUCGUCUGAGGGAAGAGAUGGCAUAUCAAUAUAAACUGGGAAAUUUUGAGGCUGCAGCUGCUAUCCAGAAACGAUUGGAUCCAGAUGUUGCAAUGUAGCAUAUUAAGUUACUACUGGUUAUAAAGAAUUAUGUUUCUGAUGUAAUCAAUCUUUCUAUGAACAGCUCUUUAAAUUAUUACCAUGAAAACAUCAGAAAAUGAUCUGUCUUGUUUUGGUUCAGUCUCUUCAAUUUUGUUAUUAGAUCAGCCCUGUUUCUGGAUAAUUCUCUUCAUGUUUCUUUUUGUUUUUCGGGAUAAUUAUCUUCUCUGGCUGUCUCAACUUUUUUCAUCUAAUUCAUUGCUUCUCCUUUUAGUC